AUGUCUCUGGUAUCAAUUCCGCGAUAUCAGCAACAGGAAAAGCAGAAACAACAGGAGCAGCAGAAAUCGCACCUUACAAGGACGCAUCUCCCUAGUUCUGUAGAGGGACCCCCGCCUUCAGCGUUGGGAAAGGAGGAGGCCUGUGGUUCCUUAGGGGGCAGGAGCCCUUCUCCACGUCUUUUCUUCUCGACAAUUGACUUAAGUGAGAGCCCGAAAAGCGAUUGCAUGCAGCAGCAGGAGCUGUCUCAGCUUCUGUUGCCUGCGAAGGGUAGUCAAUUAGCAGUCCCAGCAGAGGAGCCAAGGAGGAGUCUCCUUGAAGGGGCCCCCUGGGGCCCCUUCAAGGAGACUCCAAAGAACCUCUCGUGGAGGCCCCCCCAGACUCUACGCGUUGUCUACGAUGCAGCAGCUGGGCAGCGGCAGGUGCAGGUGAGAGGCCUUCAAGUGCCACAGGGGCGGCAGCAGCUGCUUGCCUCCUUAGAACAAACUGAGGUGCAGCAGCAAGCGAAGAGCAAAGGAUGCCCAAAAGACACCUCAGCACCCCCACAAGGAUGUGCUGAAGUCCCAGCACCAAGAGCAACAACAACAGCAACUGCAUCAGCAGCAGGUGCAGCUACCCAAGGGCUGCUGCGGCUGGAGGGCUUGGAAACCCUCGACGCUCCCCAGCAGAACCUCAGUGGCUGCCGCAUCAUUGCCCAAGCACAAACUGAACCCCCUAAUGCACAGCAGAAGGAACAGCAGCAGGUAAAGCCGCAGCAGGUGCAGCCACAGCAGCGAAUGAGGAGGCAGCAGCAGCGACCUAACCAGUUCCAAAUGGAGGCACAUAUAUCCCAAGGCAAAUCCGCCCCACUGGCCUCCCAGACUCCCGGAGAGCCCCCAGGGCCUUGGAGGCACCCGGGGCCCCCAGGGCCUCCACCAGUUGCCGGGUCUGUUGACUGCUUGAGAGAGUCGGGGGCCCUCCCGAGGCCGCUCGGGGCCCCCAGUGGGGCCCUAGAGAUGCCUGAACGGAACGCAGAUCCAAGUGUCUGCCCUGUGAAGGGACACAAGAGCAUCGAGAGGCCCUUCACAGCAGCGGCAGAGCCCACCGCAAAGGGAGAGGGCAUGGCUUGCGGAUCCUCAACAGAGGGGCCCCCCCCGGGGCUCCUGUUGGGGACCCCCAGAGCACCAACAGGGCCCCUAGGGCCCACUGGGGCUCUGCAUCCUGUGCCUGGUGGUUUCUUUUUUGUGGGCGCCCAACCAGCAUUUACCACUGCAGCCUUGGAUAUGAGCAGAAGCUACUUGUGUGCACCUCUGCCGGGGGUUCAUGCCGUCCCCACUGCUGCUGCUGCAGCAGCUGCUGCUUCUCCUGCUGCCCGCAACCAAGGGCUCAACGGUUGCUUCAUCCCGCCAUGGGCACAGGUACAACAACACCAGCAGCAGGGGCCGUGCUCGUGGGCCCCUUCAGGGUUCGCCUGUCCUCCUUCGGGUCCCGUCUGGGGUUCACGCUUACCUACUGGGGGGCCCGCAUGGUGGGGUCCCCCAGCUCAACGCUUGUUGCAGACUUGGGGGACUCCCAGAGCAGGAGCUCUAGGGCCACCCCUCACCCCUUCCGCUGGUGCAUUCCAGCAACCAAAGUUACAUAGGCAUUCAAGCAGCAGCUUUGGUGGGCCUGUCGGGACCGUGGGGCCCUUAGGGCCCCUAGGGCCUGGUACCCAAGGACCCCCAGGGGGCCUUAACGCAGCAUCCCACGGCCUCAGACGGUCAUCCAGUGCCUCCGCAAGCAGAAGAAACAGCAUGCAGCAAACAGCAGCACCACACGGAUUCCUUGCUCCUGAGCACCACCACCAGCAGCACCAACAGCUCCUGCAGCAGCAACGGUUCUUGCAGCACCAACAGCAGCAACAACCGCCCGCACAGCAGCAACAGCAGCAGCAACAUCAGUUCCCACAGCUCCCUCUGCAGCUCCCGCAACAGCACCAACUCCCGCAGCAGCAACAACUCCCGCAACAGCAACAAGUUCCGCAACAGCACCAACUCCCCCACCAGCAACAACUCCCGCAGCAGCAGCAACAAGUCAAUCAGCUACCGCAGCUCCCGGAGCAGCAACAACUCCCGCAGCAGCAGCAGUUCCCACAGCAGCAACAACUCCCGCAGCAGCAACAACUCCCGCAGCAGCAGCAACUCCCGCAGCAGCAACAACUCCCGCAGCAGCAGCAAUUCCCACAGCAGCAGCAACUCCCGCAGCAGCAACAACUCCCGCAGCAACAGCAAUUCCCACAGCAGCAGCAACUCCCGCAGCAGCAACAACUCCUGCAAGAGCACCAACUCCCGCAGGAUCACCAGCUCCCGCAGCAGCAGCAACUCCCGCAGGAUCACCAGCACCCGCAGCAGCAGCAACUCCCACAGCAGCAACUCCCACAGCAGCACCAGCUCCCGCAGCAGCACCAGGUCCAGCAGAAACACCAGCUUCCGCAACAGCUGCAGCUUCCGCAACAGCUGCAGCUCCCGCAACAGCACCCUCAACAGCAGCAGCUCCCGCAACAGCAGCAGCUCCCGCAACAGCAACAACUCCCACAACAGCAACUCCCGCAGCAGCAGCAGCUCCCGCAACAGUACCAGCUCCCGCAGCAGCACCGGCUCCCGCAGCAGCACCAGGUCCAGCAGAAGCACCAGCUUCCGCAACAGCAGCAGCUUCCGCAACAGCAGCAGCUUCCGCAACAGCAGCAGCUCCCGAAGCAGCAGCAGCCGCAGCACCAGCAGCUCCCGCAGCAGCAUAAGCAGCUUCAGCAACAGCAGCAGCAUCAACCGCAACAGCUCCAGCAGCAACAGCUUCAGACGCCACUGCGGGCAGGCCCCCAAACAAUAGGGAGAGACAUCAACUCACGCCAGAGCACCUGCAGCACGGCCCGGUACGCGAUUUUGCCCCACAUCAGCAGCAGCAGCAGCAACAACAACAACAACAACAUCAACAACAACAACAACAACAGCAUCAGUAGUGGUGACACCAUUUGCUGCUGCACCCAUCCUCCUAAGGAUGUCAGUGAGGUCACCAAGGAGAGCGCGUCUGCCUGCAGCAGCCCCUGCCAAGAAGGCCUUCCUCCUGAACUGCAUAGUGGUGUUUGUUCCUCACAAGAAGUACUUCCUUCUUGCUUCUUCCCGUCGCCUUCGAUGCCCUCACAGCCGAGUCAAGACUUUGAGGCCCCGGUAGGGCCUCCUGUAGAUGAGGAGGCGGUGCUGCAGCAGACGAAUGGUAAAAUCGAAGUAGAGGGGCUUCUGUCUUCCGCUGCUGUCUCUUCUACAGCUACUGCUGUAGCAGCAGCUACACCAACUGCAACAGAGAUUGCCGCUGCAGACUGUAGCAGCCCGGGAGACUGUCUCCUGGAGAGUCCAUCAGCAAUUGGGGGGCGCAUUCUGAGGCGUCUGCAAACCCUUACCUCCAUCCUGAAUUCUGAGGGCCUCUACAACGGGCCUCCCACCCCUGGGGGCCCGCAAGAAGCCAUUUCUCCCCACCGGGGCCCCUAUGCCGCCUCGCGUACAGCACAGGGCCCUGGGCCCUGGAGUCAACCGAGCAGGUGCUGCGGUAGCGAGGAGACAACCAAGCGGCCUCCUCCUUGCAGCGCGUCCAAAAGAGAAAGGGAUGUUCUGCUUAGAGCCGAAGGAACAGCAGCAGCAGCAGAAGCAGCAGCCACGACAGCAGUGGCUGGGCCCUAUGCACCAGGUGAAAAUCCGGUGGCUUCCAGCCCGCGAAGCUGUGCUUCUGUUGUAGCACCAGCAGAAGCAGGAGAAGCAGAGACACAGGAAGAUAGCAGCAGCACGAGCAGCUUAUGUGGAGUGUCCACGGGAGUCCCCCGCCUGACGCUGGCAGCUCUCAACACAUUGGGGCCCACAGAAGGGGCGCCCCACAGGACCCCUUCUUCUUGUUUGUACUCAAGGAGGCCCCCUUACACACUGACUCGUCACCCUUUAACGGACAAAAUGCCCCUUGAGGAGGAAAGGAGAAAACUUAAAAAUAGAGACAGCGUAGGAGGAGAUUGCAAAGAAGAGAAAGACAGGACCCGCAACAACUUGGAAGAAUCAGCAGCUUCACUACGCGAAGAAAGACAACAGAGGAACAGGGAGGCCCCUCGUGACAGACAACAGAGGAACAGAGAGGUCUCUUGUGACAGGCAACUGAGGAACAGGGGGACCGCUCCUGACGCACCUCAUAGUAACAGGGGGGCCCUUCCUGACAGAGUGCAGAGCACUAUGGUGUCCAGCAGCACCCAAACAGAGCUGUUGAGUUAUGCGGCACCAGAGCUGUUGCCCUCAUCGGACGAGCCCCCCCGCGAAGCUCCCCAGGCAGGGGGCCCCAUCCAAGUCACCACUCUCCCGGCUACAGCAGAGAGGCAGCUUCGGGACAGCAGCUCAGCAACCAGCAACACAUGCACGCGGCCGAACCUCUUGAUAGCAUCAGGUUUUGUCCGUGCUUGCAGCGGCAGCGUUGAAGAGGGGCUCCCUGGGGUCCCCAAAGAGGCUGUGGGACCCCAACCAAACCCCGCACCUGAGGUGCACGUAAACGGAUCAGACUACACUGACUCCAGUAGUGGUUGGGGCGCGCAUCUGGAGACUUCUGGAGCCCCAUCUGGGCCCUUCUCUCCGCGUGCUGAGGUAGGGAGGGGCCCUUCCGUCUCCUCUUCCGUUGUUGCACCGCACCGUCCAGUAGGAAGUGAUACUCAAACCCAAGAGACUGUUGAGAGGGCCUCUGUAAAGACGCAAGACACAAGGACUGGGGCCCCUGCAUUAAAGCAAUUCUGCACCUCUCGCAAUCUGGAGCGCCUACACGUGCAAUGGGCCCUGUGGAGUGUGCCUCCACAGGGGCCCUCGGAGGGCCCCCUUGAGUCCCCGCUGGGGGCAUCGUCCGCUACAGACCCCAACAGUGAGGGGUCCCCCGCGGAAUCCGCCGGGGAGGCGCAAAAAAGCAACAAUAUUUGCGGUUUUCCUUCUUUAGAGGAGGCCCUGAGCAGCAGUAGCAGCAUGGAGCUAUGGACGUAUCUGCUUGACCCUCAAGACAGCAAUGGCAAUAAAACGCAGCAGGGUGUCUUUAUCUGCCAGGCCCCAGGGUUUCGCGUCCUUCUCCUUUGUCAAGGGCUCACUGGGGGCCCUCCAUCAAAGGGGGCACCGCACGCCGAAGCUGCAAUUUGGCUGUUGGCGGAGUUGAGGGCACGAAGAACUCCGGAAAGAGCCAUCGAAGCAGCACUGCAAAGGGCUCUGAAGAAGCUGGGUAAAGAGGAGAAGAAACAGGCAGGUCUGGCCGUGGCCGUUGUCGUGGAUUCUCCAAACCUCCAAGGCGCCCCCUCAACUCGAGUUGGAGAGGGCCUCCACCAACAGGAAACAACAGGAGGCGAGAGCGUUUGCUGCCGCCACUGCAUAUAUUGGAAACAGAAAGGAAAUUGCCAGCUGAUGGAUCUCCUUAACUCUCCUCGUCGUGUUGAAGUUGAUGUAACAGCCGCUACGGAAGGAGAAGAAGCCGUUCGGAUGUCACAAGUCUACACGGGAAGCAGCAGCAGCAGCAACAGGUCGGCGUAUAUUUGCCUCUGCAAUGAAGCCUUCUGGAGCAGCAAAGAAAGCGAAGAGCUAAUCUCAUAUUUUGUGGGCGAAGACAGAAAGGGCCUGCAGAUAUCCGAUCGGUUGCUCUCUACAAUAUCGUCUGCAGACCGAACAGAGCCUGCUGCAGUGGUGAUGCGUCUGUAG